UCGGGACGCCGCGCCAUGGGUCGAGCCGAGGGCGGGGGCCCGGGUCGGGGGCCGCCGCCGCUGCUGCUGCUUCUGGGGGCCACGCUGGUCCUCGCCACUGGGGCCGCACCGGUGCGUGAGGCGGGCAGAGCCGUCGAGGCAGACAGGCAGGUGAAGAGAGUCCUGGCAUGGGAGCCGCGUGCUAACGACACGCGGGAGAAGGCCGGCCCACCAGCAGCUGGGGAAGGUGAGACCUCUCGGACUGCGCCCGGCGGCGAGCAUGCCGUGGUGGGCCCUGGGGUCGGGCCAGAGGAGGCUCUGGAGGCAUCGGCGGCGGUGACGGACACAACCUGGCUGGAGGCGGACAGCCCAGGCCUGGGCGGAGUGACGGCAGAGGCGGGCAGCGGCGACACCCAGGCCCUUCCAGCCACGCUCCCGGCUCCCGACGAGGCCCUCGGGCAGUCAUCGACGCCCCCCGCCACCCCCGAGGCUACAGAGGCCAGCGGGCCACCCUCCCCCACCCCUGGCGACAAGCUGAGCCCAGACCCUGAGCUUCCCAAGGAGAGCCCCUUGGAGGUUUGGCUGAACCUGGGAGGCAGCACACCUGACCCUCAUGGGCCAGAGCCCACGUACCCCUUUCAGGGCACCCUGGAGCCCCACACGGCGUCAGAUAUAAUUGACAUCGACUACUUCGAAGGAUUGGAUGGUGAGGGCCGUGGCGCCGACCUGGGGAGCUUACCCGGGUCUCCAGGUACCUCAGAGCACCACCCUGAUCCUGGGGGAGAGACCCCUUCCUGGAGCCUGCUUGACUUAUACGAUGACUUCACCCCCUUUGAUGAGUCUGAUUUCUACCCUACCACAUCCUUCUAUGAUGACCUGGAUGAAGAAGAGGAGGAAGAGGAGGAUGACAAGGAUGCAGCAGGAGGCAGAGACCUGGAAGAUGAAAAUGACCUUCUAGUGCCCACUGAGAAACCUGGUCUGGGACCCGGGACAGGCCAGCCCACCGGUCGGUGGCAUGCUGUCCCUCCACAGCAUACUCUGGGGAUGGUCCCCGGCAGCAGCAUCGCCCUCAGGCCCCGCCCAGGAGAGCCAGGCAGGGACCUGGCCCCAAGCGAGAAUGGCACUGAGUGCCGCAGUGGCUUUGUGCGACAUAAUGGCUCCUGCCGGUCAGUGUGUGACCUCUUCCCAAGUUACUGUCACAAUGGCGGCCAGUGCUACCUGGUGGAGAACAUAGGGGCCUUCUGCAGGUGCAACACGCAGGACUACAUCUGGCACAAGGGGAUGCGCUGCGAGUCCAUCAUCACUGACUUCCAGGUGAUGUGUGUGGCCGUAGGCUCGGCCGCCCUUGUGCUGCUCCUGCUUUUCAUGAUGACGGUGUUCUUCGCCAAGAAGCUCUAUCUGCUCAAGACAGAGAACACCAAGCUGCGCAGGACCAACAAAUUCCGGACCCCAUCGGAGCUCCACAACGAUAACUUCUCCCUCUCCACCAUUGCCGAGGGCUCUCACCCAAAUGCUCCAGCCCCUGGCCACAUCUCUGGUCCACUCAGAGUGUGGAGCCAGUCUUCAGAGCUCUGAGGAUCAGGAUAGGGCAGGCAGUUGGGGCCACGAAAGUGAGAAUAAGGGCGUGAUGGUGUACCACUUCCUGGACAAGCAAAGUUAUACAAAGUACAGAAGAUCUGUUUCUAGGAUGACACAUGAUUUUUAGCUUCAUCUAGGCUUUAGAAGUCUGAUUUUUGUCUUUCUAUUUUCUAUAUCAAGGAGAAAGGCUCCUCUUUCAUUGCUAGGGAAUUUCCUGCUGAUCAUUGAAGCAAAUGGUGGUUGCUCUUUGGGAUGAGUGGGAAAACCUCUGGGAUGGCUGGAAAAACAGUGUCUUUGACACUGUUUUGAGGACCCUAAAAAUGAGCAGGCUUAUAUACAUUGGUUACGGCUGAGGUAAGCACAAAACAGUUAUGGUAAGGUGGAAGCAUAAGUCUAGGGGUAAAUCUGUCCAGGAGGAUAGGCUCAUAAAUAUAAGUUGAAACCCAAUAAAAGGUCCCAAUAGACCAUUUUCUAAAGACACUGGCCCAGUGUGUUAUCUGGACCAGACCAACCAGUCAAAUACUAUGUACUGUCAGAAUUUCAGAAAUAAAGCAGAAACCAUCCAAGCCCCAAAUCAUAUCAGAUCCAAACGGAAGAAAUCUGCACAUGACACAGGCUCCAUACCUCCAGGUAAAUGCAUCAUUACACAGAUAACAGAGUGAAACUAAGACUUUUCAGAUGGAAACAGUGGAGUUUAAGAGGAAAUUUUGAAGAAGUUCUUUGACAUAAUGGGCCAUAGAGUAUAAGAGCUCACAGGGGCCUUCACAGUCUAGGCCAGUGCUGUCCAGAGGGACUUUCUGUGAGAUAGAAAAGUUGUGUGUCUGUACUGUCCACUACAGUAGCCAUCAGCUACCUGUGGCUUCAGAACUCUCGGAAUGUGGCUAGCGCCACCGUAUUGGACAGCACAGAUCUAGACCAUUGUCUUCUUUUUAUAGGUGGGGAGAGUGUAGCCCCAGAAGGGGAAAGAGAGAAUAAUAGUACAGGAGACCUUGAUCACCAAAUCCCAGAAAAGAAAAGCUUGGUCUGGUGGAGGAGGAGCAAAGGGGUCUAUUUAAAAUAAGAAAUGAAAGAGGCCAAUUUAGGAUAAUUUUUUAAACUCUUUGAUAUAAAGGGUAGAGAAAGAACAUACUUAGUAUGCACCAAGAUAUUAAUAAGUUCAAGAUGGACAUAAUAACCAAGAGAACAACAUGUCCUGUAAUCGCUGAAAUUGGUAAACACUUUAAUCAACCCACAAGGAUAUAGGAUGAGCCUUAUCUUGGGACACACUAUCCCUACCUUACCAGGCCCCUUGCAGUGAUGUGCAUUUAGUUGUCAUUUAUGGACUACUAGUGAAUGAUGGCCUGCCAUGGGGUCUCUCAGGUCCACUGUCUGAUCUGCCAUCUCGUACAUGUGGGACAGCAGGCCUGACCUGUACAGUGGUGCCUGCAGUCAGGGUGUUUAUUGUCCAUGGAGUGCAAGGGUCCUUAGCAAAGUUUCUGACUCAUGCAUUUCGGGCACCCUUGUUAUGUCCACCUUUCCUCUUCACAAAGAUGGAGGGGAAAGAAAUAGCUCCUCUUGGAGGCCUUGGUUGCAUGAGCCAAUACAAAGGUUUCCAGUUCUUCUUGGCUGAGUCAACUUUGUGAAAGCAAGGCAUUUGUCCAUGGAAGCUACCACUGACCUUGAGUUCAGAAUAUGGCAAAACAGAGGGGCUUCCCAGGUGGGGCAGUGGUUAAGAACCCUCCUGCCAACGCAGGAGACAUGGGUUUGAGCCCCGAUCCGGGAAGAUGCCACAUGCCACGGAGCAACUAAGCCCGUGCGCCACAACUACUGAGCCUGCGCUCUAGAGCGCACGAGCCACAACUACUGAGCCCGUGUGCUACAACUGCUGAAGCCAGCCCUCCUAGAGCCCGUGCUCCCAACAAAAGAAUCCACCACAAUGAGAAGCCCGAGCACAGCAACGAAGAGUAGCCCCCAUGCACCGCAACUAGAGAAAAAAGCACAUACAAAGACCCAGUGCAGCGAAAAAUAAAUAGAUAAAUAAAUUUUUUAAAAAAAGAAUAUGGCAAAACAAAAAUGGAAUGGAGCAGCGUGGUCAGCCAUGGUAGACUCUGCCUGAGAAGGGCCAUGGGGUUGUCUGGGCAGCACUCGGGGCAUCCCUCAGCGAAGUCGUGCUCUCUGGCUCCUCUUGGAUCUUGAGGGCCAUUUCCACCUGGCAUCCUUCCCUCAGCUUGUGCCCCAGGACACAUCCUGUCCUCCCUGCCAAAGCUCUGAGCAUGUGAGGGGGUGACUCUCCUGUCCAGCAGGUGGAUUUUCUACAAACUUCAUCUCUAAUUCCCUCCACCCAGCCCAGAAGUCAGACUCGGUCAUAGUCAAGAUCUUGUGGGCAUUGACAGUUAAGACAGUUGCCACUUUAUGAUGAAGUGGAGCGCUAGCCCUUGCUUCAGCCACCACAGUGAUUGCUUGCAAGCGAUGCUAGCAGUAGGAUGAAAGGGAGAAAACCUCCAGGUGAGCUAGGAGCUGAAACGAGGGCACCUGAGUCAAGCCUGCUCAUUUAGUCUCCCCAUCCCUCUCCCUUCACCCCUCAAAUUUCCUUGUUGGUUUGGGCAUCUCCUAAAGUUUUGGAGAGUUUUAUUUAUCUUAGUAGAGGGGUUAUUUCUUCUACAUAAGUCAAGGAGAUUGAAUGAGUCAUUUUCCUACCCAGUUUCAGUAAUCUCUAUAAGCCACACUCUGAAAAGAUUUCAAACAAACAAACAAACAAAAAGCAUGCUGCUUUGGGUCUGGUGGGGGAAGGGUCCGUGGCUGGUGUCGGUGUAGGGGGGCACGUCCCUUUCCUUUGCUACACGCAUCACUCUGUGCUGCUCCUCGCCUGGGCCCUCUGGACUGACCUGGGGCCCUGUGGCUGGUGAGCCAGCGGCCGAGUGCAUGUGAGUCUUCUGGAGCUGAGCAGCCAGCCUAGGAAAGGAACUUCGGGAGGAAAGGGAAAAGCCCAAAGCUCCUCAGCCCCUGCUGUGGAAGUUUGCCGUUUUUCAGGAGGAAUGGCGAGUGUGUAGGAAGCCAGGUACUCUCCAGCUGCACAGCAUGAAUGAAGUCACCUGAACUCCACGGGCAAACUGCGCAAGCGCUGAGAGCCGCCCUGUUGGUUCUCACAGCUGUGCUGUUAGAGCAAUGCCAUGGCUGUAACUUGGUCCUCCUGCGAUUUGACAGACUUUCCAAGAUGUCCCUUAGUGUUUCCCACUGCUAUCCCACCCCCCAACUGAAACCUUUCUUACUUCCCAGUCUCUGUUUCUUCCGUGUAUUUGGUGAAACAAUGACUGCCUGCCCCAUUCUGAUAGAGGCUUGUGUCUGGACAAGUAGGCGUCCAGGCCUGAACCCGUGGCUGAAGGAUGCCCAUGUGGCUGGGGCAGAAUGCCAGAAAUAGUUCCCAGGACGUAGCCCAGAGGGAAGUCCAGUUCCCUCUUGAUGAGGCAUUUCCACCAAAUCAAAGGUGCAUAAUCCUGCUGAGGGAUUCAGCAACCCUAGGCUUAAGAGGAUAGAGUUCUGAGAGAAACACUUGGACUAGGAUAGCUCCAUCUUGGUCUAGACAUGCCCUCACCUGUUCUACAUGUUGAAGGUACUUAGCUCAUCUCAUAGCAUUGUCUGGAUACCUGUGUUCCUUAUUUUUAGGAUCUACUUCUUCCUCCUAUUGACCCAGAAGGCAGCUUUCUCAUCUGUCCAAAUCCCAUAAGCCCUCAUGGGUGCCAGUUUUAAUUUGGGUCCCCACCUUCAUGGCAUCACAGUUUUGAUGCCCAGGUCUAUAAGACUCACUAAAUCCACUUUUUUCACAUUAUGAGAAUAUCCCUGUGCCCCUGCAUCCCCCCAAGGUGUGUGUGAUGGGGCGGGAGUGGGGGCAGUUAUCUUGAAAAACAUGAAAGUGAGUUCCACACUUGUAAGAGGAGAGGUGAGUACAGGCCAUCCUGUUUUGCUUCAAGUUUUGCUGUGAUCCAAAGUCCAUUCUACUCAGGGUCUCAAGCGGUCAUGCCCAGCAUCUUCCCCCACACAAUACAGAAGUUCUGCCUCAUUCUGCUUCCCUCUCUAUAAAAAACCUGUGUGUGUGUGUGUGUGUGUGUGUGUGUGUGUGUGUGUGUGUGUGUGUGUGUGUGUGUGUACAAAAUACACUUAAUAUAUCAGGGCAAUCUUUCCAUCUCAGCACAUAUACAUUUAUGCCAUUGAACAGUUUUUUCUAAACCUCUGCAAGCAGUGGUAGAAAAUAUCAAGUGCCUAUGCGUGCUGUGUGCAGCUGCCUUGCCUGAAACCUGCCUCAGCACAGAAUGAAGUUCAUUUCCUCUUGUGCUUGUCUCACUGGAAAUAGGGAACAUGUGUUCCGCUGUUGUCUGUUAAUUACUCCUGAGGUCUUUGAAACUCUAUCAGAUUGUUCUGUUCAAGCUGGUCUCCUGGGAAAGUGCUAAAUGAGGCUGGAGCAAGGGGCAGGUAACAGUGAUUUCUACAUGCACAAUAGGUUUAAACACCCGUAGCAACCGAUGUAGGCCUGGAGCCUUUCCCUACUUUCCAACUAGUCACUUGCCUGACCUAGUGCCAUUAUGGGUCAAAUUCAGUUGCAGGGAGCAUGGACAAGAGCUCACAGUUCUUUGUAUUUUUUAAAAUUUAUUUUAUUUAUUUGUUUAUUUUUGGCUGUAUUGGGUCUUCGUUGCUGUGCACGGGCUUUCUCUAGUUGCGGUGAGCAGGGGCUUCUCUUUGUUGCAGUGCACGGGCUUCUCAUU